AUGGAACCCAUUCAACUUGGUGGGUUCGACGUGCCAGUUGGCUCAACGCCGUUCGUUAACGCGUGGAAGAUUCAUCGCGACCCGACAUUGUGGACGGACCCAGAAGAGUUCAAGCCAGAGAGGUUCUUGAGCAGCAACAAUGAGAUGACCAGCUUUGGUGGUCAGGACUUUCCUUCUUGCCAUUUGGGUCAGGAAGGAGAGAAGCUGGGGCCUCUCUUCAGUCUCCAAUUGGGACAAAGGCGUGCCAUUGUGGUGAGCAGCAUGGACCUCGCCAAGGAGUGCUUCACUGUCAAUGACCGAGCCUUUGCCGGUCGGCCUCAGCUAGAAGGUUGGAAACGCCUUGGCUACAAUCGUGCCAUGUUCGUAUUCAGCCCAUAUGGACCUUACUUUCUUGAACUCCGCAAGAUCGUCGCCAACAAGCUGCUCUCAAGCCAGCAACUCCGACUGGUCAAACACAUCCAGGUCGACGAAGUGGGUUCCUUGGUGCAGCGAUUGUAUCGCAGUUGCAGCAACCUUGAGCCGGUUGAGAUGAACCAUCAUUUGACCUGGUUGGCUAUGAACAUUGUCCUCAGGGUGGUUGCCGGAAAACGGUACUUUGAUUUAGGCGGUGAAGGAAAAGAGUUUAGAGAAGCUCUCGGUGAAUUUAACAAUCUAGUUGGUACGUUCACCCUCUCUGACGCGAUCCCGUGGCUGGGGUGGCUAGAUCUGAGUGGCCACCUGCAGGCCAUGAAGAGGGUUCACCAGAAGAUGGAUGAAGUUGCCUCGGCUUGGCUUGCAGAGCACCGCCGGAAGGAGUCCAGUGGCGCCGGUGAGGAGAGUGACUUGAUGGACGUGCUCAUUAAAGAAUUAAAAGACGGCCACUUGUCGGAAAAUCAUCAAACUGACGCUAUAAUUAAGGCCACCGCUACA